AUGACUGCCGCUCAAUCUAAUGAAUGUAAUAUACCAUUCAAUCCUGAAUUUUGUUCAAUUUCAAAUGAUGUAUUAACUUCAAAUUAUACUUAUAAGAAUACCAUUGUAACAAAGGAUACCGAAACUUCAAAAAUUUCAAUUAAACCGAUUGAACAAAAUUAUAAAUUUAAAUUAAAUUUAAAUGUACCAAAGACUGGUAUUAUGUUAGUCGGUUUUGGUGGUAAUAAUGGUUCAACAUUUCUAUCAUCAAUUUUAGCAAAUAAACAUAAUAUCUCUUUUAAUAACAAAGAAGGUUUACAACAACCAAAUUAUUUAGGCUCAAUGACUCAAUCUUCAACAAUUAAAUUAGGUAUUGAUAAUAAAGGUAAUGAUAUCUUUGUACCAUUUAAUUCAAUUUUACCUUUAGUUAAUCCAAACGAUUUAAUUGUAACAGGUUGGGAUAUUAAUUCUGCUAAUUUAGCUGAAUGUAUUGAAAGAUCUCAAGUUCUUGAAUAUGAUUUACAAUCAAAAUUAAAACCUUAUAUGAAAGAUUUUAUUCCAUUAAAAUCAAUUUAUUAUCCUGAUUUUAUUGCAAUGAAUCAAUACGAUAGAGCAAAUAAUUGUUUAAAUGAAAUUCCAUCUGAUCAUCAAACUGGUAAAAAAGAAUUUAAUAUUAAGAAUAAAUGGAAUGAUGUUGAAAUGAUUAGAGCUGAUAUUAGAAAAUUUAAAAAUGAUAAUAAAUUAGAUAAUGUUAUCGUUUUAUGGACUGCUAAUACUGAAAGAUGUGUUCCAAUUAUCGAAGGUAUUAAUGAUACUAAAGAAAAUAUUUUAAAUGCAAUUAAAGAAAAUCAUGAAGAAAUUGCCCCUUCAACAAUUUUUGCUACUGCAGCUAUUUUAGAACAUACUCCUUAUAUUAAUGGUUCACCACAAAAUACUUUUGUCCCUGGUCUUAUUGAAUUAGCUGAAGCCAAUGAUUCUUUAAUCGCAGGUGAUGAUUUUAAAUCUGGUCAAACAAAAUUAAAAUCGGUUUUAACUCAAUAUUUAGUUGAUGCUGGUAUUAAACCAUUAUCGAUUGCUUCUUAUAAUCAUUUAGGUAAUAAUGAUGGUUUAAAUUUAUCCUCUCAUAAACAAUUUAGAUCAAAAGAAAUCUCGAAGAGUUCUGUUAUUGACGAUUGUAUUGAAUCUAAUGAUAUCUUAUAUCCUAAAGAUGCUAUUGUUGAAGGUGGUAAACCAGUUGAUCAUUGUAUUGUCAUUAAAUAUAUGAAGGCUGUUGGUGAUUCUAAAGUUGCCAUGGAUGAAUAUUAUUCCGAAUUAAUGUUAGGUGGUCAUAAUAGAAUUUCCGUUCAUAACGUUUGUGAAGAUUCUUUAUUAGCUACUCCAUUAAUUAUUGAUUUAGUUAUUAUGACCGAAUUUUUUUCAAGAUUAUCGUACAAGAAAAUUGAUGAAAACGGUAUUGAAGAUAACACUGAAACUUAUGAUAAUGUUUAUCCUGUAUUAGCUUUCUUAAGUUAUUGGUUAAAGGCCCCAUUAACUAGAAAGGGUUUUAAACCAAUUAAUUCUUUAAACAGACAAAGGCAAGCUUUAGAAAAUUUGUUCAGAUUAUUAAUUGGACUUCCAGCUAAUGAUGAAUUAAGAUUUGAAGAAAGAUUGAUUUAA